AUGCAGUUACCAAACGAUGUCGAUUUAGAACAUAACCUAAACGAUGCAUUCCAAAAAAUGUUCGGUUCUUUCGAAGAAUUCAUUCGGAAAGGGUCUGGCUGGGUCUUAAAAAGGGUCAUCAAAUUAGAAAUUCACGUGGCGAAUUACUCGCCGGUGGGGGGUUCCUCCUUCAUCCCGACUUCGACCACGUUCGCUAAACACGAAACCCUCAUAAACAUAGUCAAUGACGAUGACAAAUGUUUCCUCUGGUCCGUACUAGCCUUCCUCCACCCCUCGACUCUUCUACCACAGAGGGUAUCAAAUUACACCAAGUACGAAAAUGACCUCGCCAUGACUGGAAUAUCAUACCCCACUCCUGUGUCUCAAAUUUCUAAAUUCGAGCGACAAAAUCGGAUCAGUGUAAACGUAUUCGGCUGCGAAGAAAAAGAUACAUUCCCAAUGCAUGUUACAAAAAUGCGUGAAUCACAACACCAUGUGAAUCUUUUAUUCUUACGUGAAGAAGAAAAGUCACACUAUUGUCUCAUUCGUGACCUGAAUACUUUUUUAUCGAGAAUAAAGAAAACAAAAAAUAAAUCGCAUUUCUGUCAAUUUUGCCUUCAAGGCUUCACGCGAUAUAACUUGUUGGAGGAACAUAUAAAGAAUUGUUCGCGUCACGAUCCCCAACGUGUAGAAAUGCCUGACGACGACAAUUGUCUACUGAAAUUUGAAGACUAUAGGAAACAAACGAAAGCUCCUUUUGUCAUAUAUGCAGAUUUCGAGGCUUACAUGCAACCAUUAGACACUUGUGAGCGCGAUUCAAACUCAUCGAGUACAACGAAAACCGCCAGAUUCGAGCCGUGUGGAUUCGGAUACCAGGUUGUGUGUAUGGACGAUAAAUACACAAAUUCUCCUGUAAUCUACAGGGGUACCGAUGUUACGAAAACGUUCCUACAGCGACUUUUGGAGGAAGAAAGCAAAAUCAAAGAUAUUUUAAAUCAAGCAAAACCUAUGGUUCUAACACCAGAAGAGCAAAUCGAAUUCGAAAAAAACAAUCAGUGCCACAUCUGCGGGAAGCAUUUCACCGAAAAAUCUAAACGAGUACGUGAUCAUUGCAAUCUCACCGGGAAAUUUCGAGGUGCCGCUCACGAUUACUGUAAUCUAAAAUACAAGUAUCCACAAUACGUGCCAGUCAUAGUUCAUAAUCUGCGUGGAAACGAUAGUCAUUUGAUCUGUCAAAGUAUCGGAUUGUUUAAAGAUCAGGAUAUUAACUGCAUACCGAACAAUGCAGAAAAAUACACCUUCAGUUUGGGAAAUUUAAGAUUCAUCGAUUCCUUUCAGUUCAUGCCUAACAGUCUAGAAACGUUAACUGGUAAUCUGGCAGAAACAAGUUUCAAACAAUUCACCAAAGAGUUUUCUAUGGCCGAAAAGAAAUUGCUACUCCGCAAGGGUGUGUAUCCCUACGAAUACAUUGAUUGUGAAGCCAAGUUCGCGGAAACAGAGCUUCCACCUCGGGGAUGCUUUUACAGCAACCUCAGCAAAUGUGACAUCACGGAAGAAGAUCACGAGUACGCGCAAAAAGUUUGGCGGGAGAUGGGUAUUAAAAAUAUAGGCGAGUAUCACGAUCUCUACUUGAAGACUGACGUUCUGCUCCUAGCGGAUGUAUUCGAAAAUUUCAGAACUAUGUGCUUGGACUAUUAUGGUUUAGAUGCGGCACAUUUUUACACGGCACCCGGACUCGCAUUGAGUUCGGCUCUGCGCAUGACAGGUAUUCAUCUCGAAUUGAUCAAGGAUUCGGAUAUGUACUUAUUUUUUGAAUCGGACAUUCGCGGUGGUGUUUCUAUGAUAUCGAAUAAGUACGCUCAGGCUAAUAACUCACAUAUACCAGAAACGUACGAUCCCGAAAAACCGACAUCAUACAUCGUAUACACUGAUUGCAAUAACUUGUACGGAAAAGCUAUGUCCGAACCUUUACCUGUGGGAGAAUUCGAGUGGGUAGAUGACGUUGAACAAUUCGACGUCACUAAGAUACAUGGACGAGCUCAACGUGGUUAUUUGCUAGAGGUCGAUUUAUAA